UUCUUCCCCUCAUUAUUCCGCGUCCUAUCUUCCCCGCACAUCGUGUGCUGUGCUUGGUUGCGCAGCAUACGAACGCCGAACCCCUGUUACGAGACUAGAAUCCACGUCCAACCGCUGUCGGGAUUGAUCUAGAGCUAGAUUAGAUCUUCUCUCGCUCGCCAUGUCUACCAAUGACGCCGUUUUCUCCCGGCGGAACAAACAGAUUCAAGAUGCCAUUGACGGGCAGAAUCUGAAACAAGCUCUGCAGCUGAUUGAUAAGCGCAUGAAGAAAGGAGAAAAUACCAAAUUCUUAAAAGCAUGGAAAGCACAUAUAUUAUAUCGCCAUGCGGACCAGUCCCACCGCCAGCGAGGUAUAAAGGAGACCCUCGAUUUGUGCAAAGCAGAACCCCCAGCUACCGAUCUCGACACCCUCGACAUUCUCUAUCAGACCUUGAAGCGAAUGGGUGAUCAGGCGGAGACUAUGAGGACUCUAUGGGAAAAAGCUGCGAAGGCGAAGCCGCAGGAUUUGGACCUACAGUUAAGAUGGUUCACAUAUGCGUUUGAAGGAGAUGACUGGAAGUCAGCGCAGAAGGCCGCUAUGACUCUUCAGAGCAAUUUCCCUAAAACCAGGAAGUAUUAUCUCUGGGCCAUUUUCCUCAGUCACCUUGUCGCUACCGACCAAGCUAGCUCGGAGACCGACCGUAAACUCUUUGGAACCCUGGCUUACCGCAUGGUCUCGAAGGCUGCUGAAAGCGUUCCUUCCGAUCCGAAAGAGUUGCUGAGCCUUCCAAGAGCUAUACAAGGCCCAGAGGAGCUAUUGUUACUAGUCAAAAUCUUCGAGUCUCAAGGACGUUAUGACGAAAUCGUGAAGAUCCUCGACAGUGAGAACCUUGGGCUAAGCUCGCGAGUUAUUCAGAAUGACUGGUCCUUCGUUGGUGUGAAGCUCUCCAGCUUGGAAAAGGCGGAGAUGUGGACACAAGGCCUAUCCUACGCGAGAGACCUGCUUGCCAUCAUUCCUACUAACGAAGCGGAGAGAAAGUCACUCCAGGAGCACGAUGACUGGGCAGUUUGGAAGCUACUCGUCAUCUCAACCCGGAAUAUCAAUUCCCAAGAAACCAUUGCCGAUACAUUAAAGUUCAUUAGCGAUUUCCUGGAGUCUGUGCCCAAGUCUCGCAAUGCACAACUAGCGCGUUUAGACUUGAUUCAUUCGGAUGUCCUCGCGGGAAAUUCGAAGACGGAGGAGUUAGUCUCUGCUUGUCAAGAAUAUUUUGACUGUAACAAGAACAAGCUUUAUUGUUUCAGUGACCUGCAGCUUUACAUGGCAGCACUGGACAAGGAAUCGGUGUCAAAAUUUGUGGAGUAUACCUUCAAGGGUCAAGAGCAGAGUGUUAGAGCUGAUCCUUUCAAGGGUGUCGCGACGAUCAAUGCCCUGAAACUCGAGUACUGCUUCGUAUUGUCGGCUAACGAAACGAACGCUUCUAAAUCACGAGUCGAGGAUUUCAUCUCGCGCUGUCUCCAGGUCUAUCGUGAGGCAGAACGCCCAGAACGGAGUUCAGCCCCAUCUACGAUUGAAAGUCAACCUAGUGAUGAUCUGUGUUUGCUCGUCGCCAUGGUAUUGAUACGCUUCAGCGGAGAUUGGAAUUCUGGUAGUCAAGAUCAAAUCCCACACACCACCCUCAUUCGCGCCGCUGCCAUUUUGGAGCGUCUCUUGCUUGAUUCUCCGCAUAACUACCAAGCAUUGUUGCUUCUUGUGCGCAUCUACUUGCGCCUCGGAGCUGGAUCGCUCGCGCUGAAGGCUUUCAGCAAGCUCUCUGUCAAACAAAUGCAGUUCGAAACGGUUGCUCAUAACCUUUUCACCCGUCUAGCAACCAUCCAUCCACACUCUGCGCCUCCAAUUGAGGGUGCAGAAUACAAGGACUUCGAUCCGCGAGCUGCAUUUGUUCAAGCUUUGAAUUUCUAUCGGUCGGCCGAGCUCACUACGGUCAGGCACCGGUCGAAUGGGUUGGAGUUGGGCAGUUAUGUAAACAUAGAAGGCACAAUAGACCUUCAGCGGCGCUUGAAGUAUAGUAUCUGCCGCAGAAUGUGGGCGUUAGACGCCAGACGGAUGCAGAGACUGGCCGGCGGAGACUCAAUGAACCGGUAUGAGGAAGUUGCAAGAGACUCAUCCCCAUUGUCGGAUCAGCGUGUGUUUGACGCAUUUAUGAACUGUGAACCCGAUAACCAGCCAACUUUCGAGGAACGGAUGCGCUUGGGACCACUUCCUCGGUCACAAUGGGUGAAGUCUGCAAGGGUUACAGACGAGCUGUUUGGCACCCUCAAAGACAUGGCAGUUCAGAAGCCAGUGUCUGUUGACGCCGAUUUGCUCAGCCUGGAAGAUAUAGUGGGGCCAGAUGCAUCUUCUGAGAUGACCUCAACAGAGAUCGAAAGCGCCAAGAUCAAUCUGAAUCUUCUUAAGGUGGUCUCAUUCUUGAAUGGCUCGACAUCAGUCACUCCUGAGGAGGUCGAUAGCUGCUUGACGCAGGUGGAAGAAUGGCUGGGCUCUAAGCUGGAAGGUCUUGACCAGCGUGGUCCCCAGAUCUCUACGCUUGUAUCAAAUACUGCAAUUUCCCUCCGGCGGGACGAAUCAUCUGCUCCAUCCUGGAAGUCCUUCCACGACUUAUAUCUUUCCCUUGAGUCGCUCAAGGCGCUCUCACUUAUAACAUCCAUUGCAUUGAAGAAAGCCUCCAAGACUCCGAAGCUCCCCAAGGAUCGUGUGCAGCGGUUGGCCGAAUCCACACACAAGGUACAUGAAAGUAUCCGGGUGAACGCUCGUGCACUCAAAUCGGCUAUCUCCAAACCGGGCGUUCUUGGGUCUUUGAUCGACCUGGUGGUGACCGGUCAUGAUGAGGAUGGUACGCAGCUCCGGGAAGAGCUGGAUAAGACGUUUGAUUUGGCCGCGCUGGAAAUGUUCUGCGGUGAGUUGAUGGAAAGCUGGGAAGAAGGUUUAAAUGGGCUGCUAUGUGUAUCACUGUGACCGCGGGCUAGGGUACAUACGAUUCAGUUGGGAUAUUAGCCAUGUACGCUGCACAAUCGGCCUUCUUAUACUUACCAAUAUAUAGAAUUUUCUACAUAAAUAUCUGGUUUGACCGUCUUUACGGAGAGAGAAGGCUGUAUCCACCCAACAAAUCAUUCUUACUAUAAGAUAGGCACAUAACUAGUAGAAGGGAGGCGAGAGUCUCCUUUCACCACAGUUUACUAGUAGGCACGAGGCUGAGUUGUGGAAUGUCG